CAGACUUACUGCACCUCGCACUAAAGGCUAUUCUGGUAUUUCCUAGACCUGCUGCUUCCUUUUUUUCAGACGUUUCUGAGGCAAAGGUGCCAUGACAUCAGCUCUGUUACGCUUCGGAAACUCCGGGAGUUUGCCUUGAAACUGACUGACGGGGCCGGCCAUCGUCCUUAUAAAAAGCCAGCACCUCACCUCAGACACAGGAGGAAUCUGCCCUGGUCCUGCCUCUGUCCUCACAGCUCAUCCCCGUCCACAAUGAAGGUCUCCGCAGCGUGUAUCUCCAUCAUCCUCAUCGUUGCCCUCUUUUCUCAGGCCUCUCCUGCUCCAUUUGGAGCUGAUGCAACUGUGUGCUGCUUCAGCUACACUUUGCGAAAGCUGCCCCAGAGUCAUGUGAAGGAUUAUUUCUACACCAGCAGCAAGUGUUCACAGCCAGCAGUUGUGUUCAUCACCAGGAAGGAGCGGCAGGUGUGUGCUAACCCUGAUGCCAGAUGGGUGAAGGAAUAUGUGAAUGCCCUGGAGCUGCAGUGAGCGCUGGGAGCUGAGAGGUCUCUGCCCUGGAGAAGUCCUGCAAGACCAUCCAGCAGAAUCUCGGCACAGACCUAGAAAUCCUGCUGCUGAGCGCCAGGACCUGCUGAGCCACCUUGGGACUCCUGAAGUUCCUCUUGUCUUGCAAAGGUGUCAUUUUUCCACCGUCAUUUAGCCACCCUUACGGGCAACUGUGAUGCUGGGGACCUCCUGGCCUUGCAGACCCAUCUUGGCGUAGUCUGCUGCGUGACAUGUGGCUAAACUGUCCCCUCCUUGUGCCUCUGCUGCUAGAAUGGGAGGGGGAUUUUACCCCCAGAGCUAUUUGUGGGAAGCGGUCUGUCAAAACUGGGUAUAAGUGCUGUCAUGUAAAGCCAGGUUGACUUCCAAGUCGGAUGGCUGAAUUUUGCCAUGGUACGGUGGAUGCUGUGAGUCAAAUCUGUCUCCUUAGCCAAGGAAGUGGUACGCCGGUUACUUACACGAUGCUUAUUGUGGAACCACAUUGUUCAGCCUUGUUCUCAAAACGCUGUCUCUUGCUGGUGCCAAAGAAUAAAGAUUUUUUCUCUCUGUGUCAG